AUGCGGGCGGCGCUGGGGCUGGUGGCGCUGGGGCUGGUGGUGGCGCUGGGGCUGCCGGCGCGGGGCCUCGGCCCCGGGGGAGCGGUGCCCGGGCAGCCCCGGUCCCCGGCGCAGCCCCGCCGCCGAGCCCCGCAGCGCGCCCGCGCCUACAGCAUCCCCAUCGCGGGCACCCCCCGCACCGUGCGCCUGCGGCAGCAAGUGUUCUUGCCAGAGGAUCUCCGGAUUUAUACAGACGGCCGAGGGGGGCUGGCGAAAUCCGAGCUUGCGCGUGUCGAGCGCGACUGCUUCUACGACGGCUACGUGGAGGGUUUCCCAGGAUCGCUUGUGGCACUUAGCACUUGCUCUGGACUGAGCGGGGUCCUGCAGCUCGCAAAUACCAGCUAUGGGAUCAGACCUUUGGAGGCUGCAGGUGGGUAUCAGCACCUCAUUUAUCAAAUGCGGAAUGAAAAUGUAGAGACGCAGCUGCUUGCAGAAAACAGCUCCCUUGCCUGGGCUGCAGAGGUGUCACCGGAGCCGUGGGAAGGAGCAGGCAAGGAAGCUGUCCACAGAUCCCCACUAUAUCUGGAAAUGCAUGCAGUUUUGGACAAAGCUCUGUAUGACUACAUGGGAGCAGACAAGGGUGCCGUGACAGCCAAGAUAGUCCAGCUUUUCAGCUACGUGAACAGCAUGUUUACACGCCUCAAUCUGACGAUAGUACUCUCUUCACUGGAGUUUUGGACAGAAAAGAACAAAAUUCCUACCACAGGAGAUGCUGAGGAGUUGCUGCAGAGAUUUUUGCAGUGGAAAAACAUACAUCGUGUUUUGCGGCUACAGGACAUAACGUUCUUAUUCGUUUACAGGGAGCAGUCCCCUUCCGUGGUGGCAUCUUCUGCGAAGAAGCUGUGUCUCAAGAACCAUGCUGGAGGGGUUGCCUUGUACCGAAGCGCUAUGACACUGGAGGCGUUCUCGGUUGUCGUGGCUCAGCUGCUGGGGCUCAGCCUGGGGAUGGUGUAUGACGACCCUGGGAGCUGUCACUGCGCGGGAGCCGCCUGCAUAAUGCAGCCCAGUGCGGUGCACUCGGCUGGCACCAAAGCCUUCAGCAGCUGCAGCAUAAGAGACUUUCAGCGUUUUCUUGCCACUGGAGAAGGGCAGUGUCUGUUGAACAGGCCAACGAUGGACGUGUCGUAUAAAGCUCCUGUGUGUGGCAAUAAAGUGGUGGAGCCAGGAGAGGCUUGUGACUGCGGCUCAGCAGAGGAGUGCCGGCGCGAUCUGUGUUGUACUGUGGGGUGCAAAAGGAGGAAAGGGGUGCAGUGCCUGUCAGGACCGUGCUGCUGGAAGUGCAAGUUUGUGAAAAGUGGCACGUUGUGUAGAACCAGCCCCGAGGACGAGUGUGAGCUGAAGGAAUAUUGCAACGGCACCUCUGGGGAGUGCACGCCCAACCAGUGGGUGAUGGACGGGCAUCCCUGCAGCAGGAACACCGCCUUUUGCUACAGAGGAGUUUGUCAGACAGCUGACAAGCAGUGUCAGGAGAUCUUCGGCAAAGGGGCCAAAAACGGACCCUUGGCCUGCUACGAGGAAAUUAAUGGCCAAAGGGACAGAAUGGGACACUGCGGCUCCAAUCACAGCGGGUACCAGAGCUGUGCAUGGAAGAAUCUCCAAUGUGGGAAGCUCAUCUGCGAAUAUCCAGGUAAUGUGCCUUUCACCAAGGAGAAGGCUGCGGUGAUUUAUGCUCGGGUGCAGAACACGCUGUGCGUCACACUGGACUACAUGAAGCCUCCCACGGAGAGGGACCCAAUGCUGGUGAAGAAUGGCACUGUCUGCGGCGACCACAAGAUCUGCAUGAAACAGAAGUGUGUGUCUGCUGCUGUCUUGAACUAUAAUUGUGACAUAAAGACAAAAUGCAACAAUCACGGGGUGUGCAAUAACAAAGGGACUUGCCAUUGCCAUCCUGGCUGGAAGCCACCGAAUUGCCGGGAGAAAGCAGAGAGGCAGGGAGGGAGCAAAGACAGCCCCGACCCGCUGAAGAUGUGGCUGCUUCUCACCUUCUGCCUCUUUGUGCCCGUCCUCAUAGGGCUCAUCCUCAUGGUGGUGAAGAGAAAGGAGCUGAGGCAGUGCCUCUCCACGGAGCAGCUGGAAAUAGACGAGUUUGAAGAUAAAGAAAGCACUGAGGAGGAAGGGAGCAUGUUGGAUGCACGGCAGCAUAGCAGGAGAGGACUUUAAAUCUGCCUGUGGGGUUCUGGACUUUGGGGAGCACUGGAAGGAAGACGCAGCAGCACAGCGCACGGACAGAGAUGUUUGUGGUCCCAGGCUUGGGAUUUAACCCACAACAGCCACGUGGCCCCCCUUGGGGCUGUGCGCUGGGGGUGUUGAAG